AGCGCAGCUGGGGCCUCGGCGGCGGCGGCGACGGAGCUGUCGGCCGCGGCUUGUGGACACUAAAAGCCCCGGCGACGGAAGGCGACAGAAGCCGCCAAGCCCCCCCGGCGAGCCGAAGAGUUGAGUGGCGAGUUUCUGGCCGUGGACUGUUGUGUCUCUGGGAUACGUGUCUUGCCCUGUAAUUGGUCGAGCGUCAAGCUUUCUUGCACGGUUGUGUUACGGCUGGUCUGCGUCCCCACGAACAGUGCACGGGGAUGCCCCUUUUCUCCGUGUCCUCACCAAUACUCACAUCUUGUCUUUCUGGUAAUAGCCGUUCUGACAGAGCUUUUGGGAUAGACAGUCACCAUGUUUAGGUGUUAGCAAGCACACACGUGUAUGCCCACAUUUGAAAAUGGCAGAGGGAAAUAACAGUGAAGAAGUAAUUCACUUGAACAACUUUCACUGCCACCAGGGACAAGACUGGAUCAAUCUCCGAGAUGGACCCAUCACCAUAUCUGACGACUCUGACGAGGAAGGAGUUCCCAUGAUGAUCACCCCGGCUCCUCAGCAACAUGACGACGAGGACCUGGACGAUGAUGUCAUCCUGACGGAAACAAGUAAACUUCAGACAUCACGACCCAAUCUCAUCAAACCAGCUGCCCAGUGGCAAGAUCUCAAAAGUUUGGGAGAAGAAAGGCCUAAAAAGUCUAGAGCAGCUUUUGAAUCAAAUAAGAACAACUAUUUUUCAGUGUAUAACAGCUCAUUGUUUGAUUCUGGGACACAGGGUGAUUCUGAGGAUGACUACGGAGAAUUUCUGAAUCUUGGGACUCCCGGAGUUUCUGAAUUCAUGAAGCCUCGUGGCCAAGCGGAAAGGGAACCCAAGCCUGGGCCAAGCCAUAACCAGGCCGCAAGUGAUGGUGUCAACCCCGGAUCAGGGCCAGAAGUCUUUAUCUGGAGGAAAGGCAGCCUCCUCAUCCCAGAUAGCGACCCUUUGGACCCUCAGAACCAGUCGUCGGAGUCCUCAGAAGACUCGGAGUCAGACCUGCUGUCCAACCUCGGGGAGUCGGCGGCCGUCCUGGACGAGCAGGCCAUCGAAGAAGACUGCUGGCUGGACCACCCUUACCUGCAGCCCCUGAACCAGCAGCCCCGCGAGGUCGCAAACCAGGUGGUUCCUCAGGAGCGGCAGCGGGGCCCGGACCUGGGCCCACUGUUCUUUCAGCACGAGCCCCUAGGGCUGGCGUUCCCGAGGCCCGCUUUUCCGAGACCGGUGCCCCAGCAGGAUGGGGUUCCAGGCCCCUCUUCUCCGCAGCCGGCCCACCCCCUCGGAGAGCUGGAGGACCAACAGUUAGCCAUAGAUGGCGACGAGCCAGGCCCAGCCUUUCCGCUGCAAGGAUCUCAGGAGCCCACUUUGGAAAACCUUUGGGGGCAAGAAGCUUCCGAGGUCGACCAAGAAGCCGUUGCACUGUUAGUGAAAGAAACAGAAAUAAGAUUUCCAGAUGUAGCAACUGGGUAUAUUGAGGAAAUCAUUCAUUUGAAGAAUUACUAUGAUUUGAAUGUAAUUUGUAAUUUUCUUCUGGAAAAUCCCGAUUAUCCAAAGAGAGAAGACCGGGUGAUGAUCAACCCCAGCAGCAGCCUGCUCGCCAGCCAAGACGAGACGAAGUUGCCCGAGGUAGACUUUUUUGACUAUUCCAAACUGGCUCCUCUCGACCAGCCCUGCUUCAUCCAAGCUGCUGACCUCCUGAUGGCCGACUUCAAAAUGCUCAGCAGCCAGGACAUCAAGUGGGCCCUGCAUGAGCUCAAAGGACACUAUGCAAUCACCCGAAAGGCCUUUUCUGAUGCCAUUAAAAAAUGGCAGGAGCUAUCUCCAGAAACCAGUGGAAAAAGGAAAAAGAGAAAAGAAAUGAAUCAGUAUUCUUACAUAGAUUUCAAGUUUGAACAAGGUGACAUAAAAAUAGAAAAGAGGAUGUUCUUUCUGGAAAAUAAGCGGCGACACUGUAGGUCCUAUGACCGGCGAGCCCUCCUUCCAGCUGUGCAGCAAGAGCAGGAGUUCUACGAGCAGAAAGUCAAAGAGAUGGCCGAGCACGAAGACUUCCUGCUUGCUCUGCAGAUGAACGAAGAGCAGUAUCAAAAGGACGGCCAGCUGAUUGAGUGCCGCUGCUGCUACGGGGAGUUCCCGUUCGAGGAGCUGACGCAGUGCGCGGACGCCCACCUGUUCUGCAAGGAGUGUCUCAUCAGAUAUGCCCAGGAGGCCGUCUUCGGGUCCGGAAAGUCGGAGCUGAGCUGCAUGGAGGGCAGCUGCACGUGCUCGUUCCCCGCCAGCGAGCUGGAGAAGGUGCUGCCCCAGACCGUCCUGUGCAGGUACUACGAGCGCAAAGCCGAAGAGGAGGUCGCUGCGGCCUACGCCGACGAGCUUGUCCGGUGCCCCUCCUGUAGCUUCCCCGCUCUGCUGGACAGCGAUGUGAAGAGGUUCAGCUGCCCCAACCCUCGCUGCCGUAAGGAGACCUGUAGGAAGUGCCAGGGACUCUGGAAAGAGCACAAUGGCCUCACCUGUGAAGAGCUGGCUGAAAAAGAUGACAUCAAGUACCGAACAUCCAUAGAGGAGAAGAUGACCGCCGCGCGCAUCCGCAAGUGCCACAAGUGCGGGACCGGCCUCAUCAAGUCCGAGGGCUGCAACCGCAUGUCCUGCCGCUGCGGGGCCCAGAUGUGCUACCUCUGCCGCGCGUCCAUCAGCGGGUACGACCACUUCUGCCAGCACCCCCGCUCCCCGGGGGCCCCCUGCCAGGAGUGUUCGCGCUGUUCCCUCUGGACCGACCCCACGGAAGAUGACGAGAAGCUGAUUGAGGAUAUCCAGAAGGAGGCCGAAGAGGAACAGAAAAGGAAGAACGGAGAGAACACCUUCAAGCGCAUCGGGCCCCCCCUGGAGAAGCCCCCGGAGAAAGUGCAGAGGGUCGAGGCGCUGCCGAGGCCUGUCCCGCAGAACCUGCACCAGCCGCAGAUCCCCCCCUACGCCUUCGUGCACCCGCCCUUCCCCCUGCCGCCGGUCCGGCCCGUCUUCAACAACUUCCCCCUCAACGUGGGCCCCGUCCCCGCACCCUACGUGCCUCCGCUGCCCAACAUCCGGGUCAACUAUGAGUUCGCCCCCGUCCACCUGCCCCUAGAGCACAACCUGCCCAUGCACUUCGGCCCCCAGCCGCGCCAUCGCUUCUGACGCCUGAGCCGUGCCCUUACCAGAGCGCUGUCCCACCCCUAAUAAAGCUGAAGUGACGAACGGUGCGUCUGCAGAGAGCGGUGAGGCGGGGGCGCCGCCAGGGCUGGGCUGCAGCCGUUCAGGUGCCCGAGGGCCUCCGGGGCGGCCCCCCGCUGCUCCGAGCCCAGCUGCUGGCCCCGCGCAGAGGGCGGAGCGGCGGCCACAGGCCCGGGAGCACCGCUCAGGGUGGGGAGGCUGCAGACCGUGUCCCUCGUGUGCAGGACACCACCCCGGUGACAGUCCAGGGUCCUGUGGGCUCUGCUCUGGCUUGUCUGAGGUGUUCCCUGUUUGCUCCCUUGGGGUCACUGGCCCUCCAGAGCGCUGGGCCGCCGCUCCGACUCCGGGAAGUCCAGUGCGCUCCCCCCGAGUCCGGCCGCUCGGACGAGCCUGGGGGCUCUCCCAGGCAGCCCAGCUACUGAGGAGCCGCCUCUGUCACCAGCCUGGCAGCGAACAGCUCCCCUGAGGCUGGUGAGGCCAUGGGUACCCCCAUCCCAGGAGCUGUCCCUCCAGGUGCCCUGCAGGCCCAGCAGCCGCCUUUCUCAAGGUUGAGUUCAUGGUCUGCGUGGGGUCCCUGCCGUGUUCUCAAUGCCUCUUCCUGCCGAGCCCCAGCCUGGGGUUUGGGCCUUGUCUGAGGCUUUGCCCCACCCCCAGCCCCCCACUUUGUGGGACGUCACGCCCCCCUGGGCUGCAGAGCAGAGGCCUCUGCUGGGACCGCGCCUGUCUCCCCGGGUUGGCCCGUUUCUGUUGCUGUGGCUCUGAGGUCGGCACAGUUCCCAGGAGCCCAGCGCGCAUCCAUGACCUCACAGGGGACGGGGGGCCGAGGCCCGUCCCUGACACGGCUCGUGCUCCCACCGCCAGAGGUGUGCGCCCCCGGCCUGCUCACUGCUUGUGGGACCAUGCGUCGCUGUCUGGUCACCCACCGCCUUCAGCUUCUUAGAUGUGUUUCAAGAAUUAGAACGUGGGGGACCUGCCGCGUGGCGCCUCCCUGCCUCUCCUGCAGUGGAGCCCUUGGCAGGCGCACGGUCGUCGGGGCCAGGGGGCGGGUGCGGGCAGGCAGGCCUGCUCUGAGUUGGCACUGCCUGCAGCGGCCCCCUGGGGGCCACCUGCUCCUCACCGCCGGCCUCGACGGCAGUGACAAGCACCUUCGAGACACGUCCCCGUGUUUCCCCAGGGGAGGGUCUCGGAGAGCCGUCAGCCGCCCACAGGUACCCACCGGGUGGGGAGGGUGACGGCAGGCGUGUCCGGCCCCGCUGGUGGCCGCUCGCCCUGGCCGCCUAGGCCUGAGCCGGUCAUCCCGCCUCUGCCCCACAGCCAGGGAGUGUGGCCCCGUGGAGGGCUCCGGGCAGGUGGCACGCCCCUGUCCCUGCCAUCCAGGAAGUCCCCCAGGACGGGCAUGCAGCGACCCGGAAUAAUGGUUUCCCCCAAGGCCACUCCGAGGACUCGUCCUGUGUGGAGACUUCGGGCUGUUUCUGGGCCUCAGGGCUGCUCAGGGGGCCUUUCUGCCGGCGCCUGGUCCCUAGCAGUCUGCUCACCAGAUGGACGUAGGACAGCCCCUGCCGCGGGGUCCGCCCUGCACAACCCGCCGGGCACCUCCGUGCUGCGGGGGCAGGGCCGAGACAUGGGCUCCUCCGGAAGCAGCCGUGCUAGGGGCGGGCUUCGGGGGCGAGACGCGACCACAACCACCUGCCGGCCAGCACUGACUGAGCUGCACGUCGCCGGUGGCGGCAGUCCCACAGAGGUCAGCCGUCCAGGGGAGCAGGAGUCCCCGAGGCGCCUGGCGCCUGGCCCCCUCCCGGAGCAGGAUGCUGGCCAGCAGCAGUCCCGUUCCACUUGCCUUAAAACUGGACAGAGGAAUCGAGUAUUUGCACUUAGCCAACAAUUGUAACUCUUUUUUUAAAGUGCAUGACCUGUCACUUUGUAUAAAAACAGCAAAAAUGAUUAAGUUUUUUCUUUCUGGUAGCAAAAGUACAUAAAAUAAUUCUUUUUAACUACUGUGUGUAAAAAGCCUGUAUCAUAUGUACCUUGGACUUUUUGUAAAUAAAUGUUUGUGCUCUCUGC